AUUAAAGGACACAUCGUUGAGAGGCCUUGUAGUUGCAGGGGUUCGUCGUGUACCCUUCCCUAAAGUAUCUGGUGCUUUGGUUGGGAAUAACGAAACGAUGGGAGCUGAAACUGAAUCAUCACAGGAAAAACCCGAACAAGAGAGGCCGAAGCCUACUCUCUCACAGGAACAGUUUCUCUCAUGGAAGCGCCACAAGGACGCUGCAGUAUCAGCCAGAAAAGCCGAAGUAUCCAGUAAGCGUGCAGAAGAUAUUGCUGCAGGAACUGUCCAAAUGAAUGGCCGGGAGCUAUUUUUACAUGAGCCAUGGGUGUUUGAUAAUUCACGAUAUUGAGGUUUCUUACUUUCUUUUCAUUGCUUCAUAAUUCAUAAAAACUCUUUAUGGUCAUGCUUUGAGAUAUUUUAUUUUUGGAUCAAAAUCUUUUCUGUAACAAUAUAUUUUCGAAAUAUGAAGUUUGUACCUUUAGCAAAGGAAAGGAAACAAUGAAAAGAUUGUUUCUAUAUGUUACCAGGGUGGAUCUGUUUCUUAAAAAUUUGUGCAUUAUGAACAGCUGGAACAUAACAAGUUGUUGUGUCCAUCUAGUGAAGAAUUUCUUCUCUGAGAUAAGACAUUUCCAUAUAGGUGGGCAGUUAGAUAUCUUCUCUGAUAUUAACAUUACAAAUUUUUAAUUUCAUUGCUCUUUAAAUAUGCUGGAGAGGUUUUCGCCAGAUUCA